UAAAUAAGAGUUUUACUGCUGUAGGUAAGAAGAGUUCUGCUGCAAGACAGAGCAACUCCUUUGUUCUGACCUUAGAUUUAUAUGUCUUCAGUUAUCCUAAGAACUUCCUAGAUAAUUUAAUGCUUUUGCCCUAUCAUUAAUGUAAAGUGUUUGCAAGCAGAACUGUUCUUGUUACGUCUGAAUGGCAUGCAACCGUGUGCAUGGAGUAUUCCAGUUUAUGACUUUCUGGGAUGGUUCUACUUCUGCCCUGUUUCCUAUUAGGUCAUUAGUUUACUUUGUUUCUUUUUUUUUGUCUUUCUUUUUUUCCUGUUAGCCUAUGUUUUACACACAGUUAUAUGCAGUUUUACCUCUAUUACUUACACACCUCUACAUGCUGAUGUCCAAUUGGAACAUUUAAAGACAAUGAGCAGGUUUAGAUACUGGGUGUUACGCAACUGUCAGCCUCUGGAAUCCGAGAAACCUCUGACAGCUGGGUUCAUUCAGUUGCUCUAGGGGAAUUAGGUAUUUGCUUUUCUUCUGGAAGAUGCCACGUUUCCAUGCCAGAAUAAGCAGGUUGGGACAAAUGCAUAGUGCUUGUCACAGGCUCCCGUGCUCACUCUAACAGAACUUACUAGGUGGUAAAUUGUCUGUCCUGCUGUACUAAUGAAAUAUUCAAUGCUAGUUUUGUGACAGAAAACUAUACGCUGUCAAGUUAAUAAAUAUUUUCUCCUGGUGAUACAGAUGGCUGACAUUGCUGCUCAUCUGUCAUGUUUCUAGAGUUCCAGUCCUUUGCUGCCAUUCACAUUCUGUCUUCAGGCUUCUGCAUACCAAAGAUGAAAAUGUUAAAGUCUCCAAGUUAGCUGAUGUCAUGGUCAGACAUGGUGUGAAGAAAGGCGACCGCGUGGUCAUCUACAUGCCCAUGAUUCCACAGACAGUGUACUGUAUGCUGGCUUGUGCAAGAAUAGGAGCCAUCCAUAGCCUGAUUUUUGGUGGAUUUGCAUCUAAAGAGCUUGCUGUUCGCAUUGAUCAUGCAAAGCCCAAGCUUAUUGUGACGGCAAGUUUUGGAGUAGAACCAAAAAGGAAAGUGGAAUACCUAUCCCUCCUAGAAGCAGCACUGGCAAUGGUACAGAGAAAACCCGACAAAGUUCUUGUUUACAAGCGACCUAAUUUGGGCUCUGUUCCUCUUACCCCAGGACGCGAUCUUGACUGGGAAGAAGAGCUUGCAAAAGCACAGUGUUAUAAAUGUGUCUCUGUUUCCUCAGACCAUCCGCUUUAUAUUCUGUAUACAUCUGGAACAACGGGCUUGCCCAAGGGUGUUGUCAGACCAACAGGUGGCUAUGCAGUUAUGCUGAACUGGACAAUGUCAGCUGUAUAUGGACUCAAGCCCGGUGAGGUGUGGUGGGCAGCUUCUGAUUUAGGCUGGGUUGUUGGUCAUUCCUACAUUUGCUAUGGACCUCUUCUUCAUGGGAAUACUACGGUUUUGUAUGAGGGGAAGCCUGUGGGAACGCCAGAUGCUGGUGCCUAUUUCCGAGUGCUAGGAGAGCAUGAAGUAGCUGCCGCCUUUACUUCACCAACUGCAAUUAGAGCAAUCCGUCAGCAGGACCCUGAGGCAGCCUUGGGAAAGCAGUACUCUCUGAAAAGGUUCAGAACGUUAUUUGUAGCUGGUGAGCACUGUGAUGUGGACACGCUAGAAUGGUCAAAAAAGGUCUUCAAGGUACCUGUCUUGGACCACUGGUGGCAAACUGAAUCUGGUUCUGCAAUUACUGCUUCUUGUAUUGGUUUGGGGAACUCUAUGACACCUCCACCUGGACAGGCAGGAAAACCAGUACCAGGAUACAACGUGAUGAUUCUGGAUGAAAAUAAGGAACCAGUGAAGGCAAAUACUUUGGGAAAUAUUGUGGUAAAGUUGCCUUUGCCUCCUGGAGCAUUCUCAGGUCUUUGGGAAAAUCAGGAAACAUUCCAGAAGUUGUAUUUCCAAAAAUUCCCAGGAUAUUACGAUACUAUGGAUGCAGGUUAUAUGGAUGAACAUGGCUAUUUGUAUGUCCUGUCUCGAGCUGAUGAUGUGAUCAAUGUUGCUGGACACAGAAUUUCUGCAGGUGCGAUUGAAGAGUGUAUUCUCUUCCAUCAUGGUGUGGCAGACUGUGCUGUUGUGGGCCAGGAGGAUGCAUUAAAAGGACACGUUCCCUUUGCCCUGUGUGUACUGAGAGAAGGUAUAAAUACAGAAGAGGGGAAGAUCUUGGAAGAAAUUGUUGAGCGAGUUAGAACUACCAUUGGUCCAGUAGCAGCUUUCCAGAAGGGGGUGUUUGUGAAACAGCUACCAAAAACACGUUCUGGCAAGAUACCACGUUCGGCUCUUUCUGCACUCGUCAGUGGAAAGCCAUACAAGAUAACACCAACCAUUGAAGAUGCUAGUGUGUUUAAACACAUUGAAGAAGUGCUAAAGAAAAAUUAAAUGAGAUAAUAGGUUGAUAACAAACAUGUCAGUUACUGAAGAAUACAAAGAGACUUUCUGUUAGAAAAUACCACAUUUUAAAAACUAGUAAUGAUUUGGGACUAUUUUUUUUUUACUUCAGAAAUGUUACUGUGUUCUUUGCCUUAUUGUCACAGCCAAUGAAGCAUACUAAAGACUCCCAUGUUGUCAUUAUAUGCUGGAUAUUACGGUUGCUAAGAAUUGCAAAUAGAAUUCAUACAUUUCUAUAGCCUUAAAGGGAAGGAGUCACUGGAUUAUCUCAUAUGAUGUCACAUAACCUUACUUUUCAAUCCAUUAUUGUAUAAUGUGACCAGUAACUUGAGUUUGGCUGAAACAGCUUACAAAAGGUAAGUCGUGAACCAAGGGCAGAGAUAAAUAGGAAUUCUAAUUUGAAAAUUAUUGCAGACAUAAAUUGUCCUCACCUGUAAAUUAUGAGCUUUUAUGUCUUUUACAUUUUUAUACAUUUUAGGAUUUUUAAAUUCAUUUUCUCGAUUUCACUGUGGUUUUUUCCUAAGUCUUUCUGCUAUAAAUUGAAUCCCUCUAUAUUUUUUUACUCAAUAACUUUCUGAAAUGUCUUUUUUAUAGAAUGAUAGAUGAUUUCUGGCUUUAAAAUCUGUGGAAAUCUUUAUUUGUCCGUAGUAGUAUUCAAUAACAAUCACAUAUUUUAAAUAAAGGCAGGCAUUUACUCUUUG